UGAUCACCGGUUCCUUAACAGCCUGUUUUAGCAACCCAACGUGUGCGAAUCAACCGUUAUGAAGUCCGAAGAAGGCAAGCCAGUCCAGUGUGAGAGCUCUGUUCCAGCAGCACCUGCUAUUGCACCGGCCCAGCUUUCUGCAGCUGGGGAGGCGCCAGAGGAGACAUACAAGAUGGCUGAGCUGCUGAAACACUGGCCAACGGUGGUAAUCGCUAUCCAGAAGAGCAGAGAUGCGUAUUGCUCUGUAAAGCAAAAGGCCAGCAUUAUCACCUGGUCACUUAACUUGACCGAAAAAGUUGUUGCUUCGGUUCUCGAACUUGCAGAACGCAAACUGAGCAGCUUGCGGCCAAUUAUUCGGUACGCAGACAAAGCAGUUAGCGAAGGCGUGGUAGUAAUAGAGAAGAAAUUUCCCGCAGUGCGGGAGUCGCCGGAAAAGCUGUACGAGGCUAUCACACAACACAUAACGAAGAUAGUGCGCCCCGCACUACAUAAAACCGAACCGAUAAGCGAAAUCGGCAGGAAGAAACUUAACAGGGUUGCUAAAACGAUAAUCAAGAAAUACAACAGUGUGAUCAAGAUCGUGGACAGCUGGAUGGACAAACUGGAGAACCAACUGAGCUGCGCAGAAGCUGAAGCAGCCUCUGGCGCGGAGACAGCUGCGACGGAGGCGUCAUCUUCUGCUGCACGGACCCAGACGACGUCGACGACGACGACGACCACCAUCGCCAGCCCGACAUCUGCGCACCCUGCGGGCCACUUGCGCCAGGCGCUGCGGCUGGGAGCUCGCGCCACCACGGCGCUGGCCGCCUUCCAGGUGGGAGCAGCGUUCUGGCUGCUGUCGCGGGCGCCGCUCGUGGGCCGCUUCUUCAGGGAGGCUCCGGCGACCGUCCCUUCGCAGUCUUCGUCCUCCAGCCGCGCCUCAUUCGCCAGACUCCCGACUCCAACGGCUUCAGAGGAGCAGCCGCCAUUGUCCACAGCUGAGUCCACGGAUUCAUUGCACGCGGAGCAGUUCAUCUCAUUGCCGCAGCAGUGA